CAACAAUGUAAUGCACACGAGUACCGACAUAUGAUUUUAUUCAGCAUCUCCAAUCGAUGCUAAGCGGCCCUUUACUGGACGCACGACGUCAUUCCGCAACCGGGUAGCCGAAACCGGAGAGAUACUGCACAAGCGUCUCCCAAUGCCGCCUCUAGUGGGGGUCGGCAUUAUAUACCACAGCUCUACAGCUAACUUCCACAUCGGGCCAUUGCCGAACGUGCUGUCGUCAGCUUGCGAGGUAGCUCGGCUAUUCUUAGCCUAAGACAUCUUUUACCCUCACUUAGCUUAAAUCCCAUCUCCCUCCGUUUCUGCUCAACAUCAUCCAUCAGUCCUAGAGAAACAUCGCCGUUCCAGCCAUGGACGAGAACAUAAAAGCCACCGGUCCAGCCCCAACCGCUCCCACUAUCCGCGCCGACGUAGCAGCCUUAUUCCAGGACAUAGAGCAAACCUUAGCCUCAACCACUCUAGGCGACCAGCGAUGGUACCUCCUCGCCCUCGCGGCCCUCGUAGGCGGCACCGAGCCCGAACUCGCAGCCCAACUCUACCUCUACAUCAUCAACAAGCCGGGCUACCAGCAAUCCCCCGUGCGGCAAGCCCUGAUCCGGCGCCUGCGCGAAGCCCUCGUAAAGCUCGUGUCCAUCAUCGGCGUCUGCAAGCCUCUCUCAGCCAUCAUCUCCAUCAUGAAAGUCGAGCGUCCGCAAGACCGCGACUACAGCUUCACGCGAGCGGACUGGAAAAACGACGCAGCGAACCACGAGCGCGGCAUGUCCUGGCUGCGCCAGAUCUACACGCACAACACGGACUCGACGCUCGCGCUGUUCGACGCGCACCAGGACUUUCGCUGGAUCAGCACCGAGAUUACGUAUGGGCUUUACUUGAGCGAUCGCCAGGUGCUGGAUGACUUGGAUACGGAACUCGUGGUGCUGGUGGGGAUUACGAUUCAGAAUUUGAGGCUGGAGACGCACUGGCAUAUCAGGGGGGCGAGGAGGAUUGGGAUGAGUAGUGCGGAUGUGGGAAUUGUGAUGGAGUGUGUGACGAGGGUUGGGGGGUUUAUGGGGACGAGGCUGGAUCGGAUUCCGAGUGUGGAGGAGGUGGAGGGGGAUGUCUGAGCUACUGUGGACCUUGAGGCAAAAGGAGCCAUGUGGCCUCGAUGGCCAGCAGGACGCUUCACAAGCAUGACAAUUUUUCUCCCUUAUCCCCGCGUCAGUGGCCUAGGUCAUCUAAUUGCAGCCUCAGAAGUCAUCACCAAAGUCAUCAACAACACCGAAAUCCCCUCCAUAAUUCGCACCCAAUCCCCGCCGAAUCCACUGUCCAUUAGCCUCCAUGAUGC